CAGCAAGCUUCCGUCAUGCUCAACAUUAUGGAAGAAUAUGACUGGUACAUCUUUUCUAUUGUCACCACCUACUUCCCUGGCUACCAGGACUUUGUAAACAAGAUCCGCAGCACCAUUGAGAAUAGCUUUGUGGGCUGGGAGCUGGAGGAAGUCCUCUUACUAGACAUGUCACUGGAUGAUGGAGAUUCUAAGAUACAGAAUCAGCUCAAGAAACUUCAAAGCCCCAUCAUUCUUCUUUACUGUACUAAGGAAGAAGCCACCUACAUCUUCGAAGUGGCUAACUCAGUAGGGCUGACUGGCUAUGGCUACACGUGGAUUGUGCCAAGCCUGGUGGCAGGGGAUACAGACACAGUGCCCUCGGAGUUCCCCACUGGGCUCAUCUCUGUAUCCUAUGAUGAGUGGGACUAUGGCCUCCCUGCCAGAGUGAGAGAUGGCAUCGCCAUAAUCACCACUGCUGCUUCUGACAUGCUGUCUGAACACAGCUUCAUCCCUGAGCCCAAAAGCAGUUGUUACAACACCCAUGAGAAGAGAAUCUACCAGUCCAAUAUGCUAAACAGGUAUCUGAUCAAUGUCACAUUUGAGGGGAGAAAUCUAUCCUUCAGUGAAGAUGGCUACCAGAUGCACCCAAAACUAGUGAUAAUCCUUCUGAAUAAGGAGAGGAAAUGGGAGAGGGUGGGAAAGUGGAAAGACAAGUCCCUGCAGAUGAAAUACUAUGUGUGGCCCCGAAUGUGUCCUGAGACUGAAGAGCAGGAGGAUGAUCACCUGAGCAUUGUGACCCUGGAGGAGGCACCAUUCGUCAUUGUAGAGAGUGUGGACCCUCUGAGUGGAACCUGCAUGAGGAACACGGUCCCCUGCCAAAAACGCAUAGUGACUGAGAAUAAAACAGAUGAGGAGCCAGGUUACAUCAAAAAAUGCUGCAAGGGGUUCUGUAUCGACAUCCUUAAGAAAAUUUCUAAAUCUGUGAAGUUCACCUAUGACCUUUACCUGGUCACCAAUGAGCAUGGGAAGAAGAUCAAUGGGACCUGGAAUGGGAUGAUUGGAGAGGUGGUCAUGAAGAGGGCCUACAUGGCCGUGGGGUCACUCACCAUCAACGAGGAGCGAUCGGAGGUGGUCGACUUCUCUGUGCCCUUCAUAGAGACUGGCAUCAGUGUCAUGGUGUCACGCAGCAACGGGACCGUCUCACCUUCUGCCUUCUUAGAGCCAUUCAGCGCGGACGUGUGGGUGAUGAUGUUUGUGAUGCUGCUCAUCGUCUCAGCUGUGGCUGUCUUUGUCUUUGAGUACUUCAGCCCCGUGGGUUACAACAGGUGCCUCGCUGAUGGCAGAGAGCCAGGUGGCCCAUCUUUCACCAUUGGCAAAGCGAUUUGGUUGCUGUGGGGCCUCGUGUUUAACAACUCCGUGCCUGUGCAGAACCCGAAGGGGACCACCUCCAAGAUCAUGGUGUCGGUGUGGGCCUUCUUUGCUGUCAUCUUCCUGGCCAGCUACACUGCCAACUUAGCUGCCUUCAUGAUCCAAGAGGAAUAUGUGGACCAGGUUUCUGGCCUGAGCAACAAAAAGUUCCAGAGACCUAAUGACUUCUCACCCCCUUUUCGCUUUGGGACUGUGCCCAAUGGCAGCACAGAAAGGAACAUUCGCAAUAACUAUGCCGAAAUGCACGCCUACAUGGGCAAGUUCAACCAGAGGGGUGUAGAUGAUGCAUUGCUCUCCCUGAAAACAGGGAAACUGGAUGCCUUCAUCUACGAUGCAGCAGUGCUGAACUAUAUGGCAGGCAGAGAUGAAGGCUGCAAGCUAGUGACCAUUGGCAGUGGGAAGGUCUUUGCCUCCACUGGUUAUGGCAUCGCCAUCCAGAAAGAUUCUGGGUGGAAGCGUCAGGUGGACCUGGCUAUCCUGCAGCUCUUUGGAGAUGGGGAGAUGGAAGAACUGGAAGCUCUCUGGCUCACUGGCAUUUGCCACAAUGAGAAGAAUGAGGUCAUGAGCAGCCAGCUGGACAUUGACAACAUGGCAGGAGUCUUCUAUAUGUUGGGGGCAGCCAUGGCUCUCAGCCUUAUCACCUUCAUCUGCGAACACCUUUUCUACUGGCAGUUCCGGCAUUGCUUUAUGGGUGUCUGUUCUGGCAAGCCUGGCAUGGUCUUCUCCAUCAGCCGAGGUAUCUACAGCUGCAUCCACGGCGUGGCUAUCGAGGAGCGCCAGUCAGUGAUGAACUCCCCUACCGCCACCAUGAACAAUACGCACUCCAACAUCCUGCGCUUGCUGCGCACGGCCAAGAACAUGGCCAACCUGUCGGGUGUGAACGGCUCUCCGCAGAGCGCGCUGGACUUCAUCCGCCGUGAGUCCUCAGUCUACGACAUCUCGGAGCACCGCCGCAGCUUCACGCAUUCCGACUGCAAGUCCUACAACAACCCUCCCUGCGAGGAAAACCUCUUCAGCGACUACAUCAGCGAGGUGGAGAGAACGUUUGGGAACCUGCAGCUGAAGGACAGCAACGUGUACCAAGAUCACUAUCACCAUCACCACCGGCCCCACAGCAUCGGCAGCACCAGCUCCAUCGAUGGGCUGUACGACUGCGACAACCCGCCCUUCACCACCCAGCCCAGGUCCAUCAGCAAGAAGCCCCUGGACAUCGGCCUGCCCUCCUCCAAACACAGCCAGCUUAGCGACCUGUACGGCAAGUUCUCCUUCAAGAGUGACCGCUACAGUGGCCACGACGACUUGAUCCGCUCGGACGUCUCCGACAUCUCCACGCACACGGUCACCUACGGGAACAUCGAGGGCAACGCGGCCAAGAGGCGUAAGCAGCAGUACAAGGACAGCCUGAAGAAGCGGCCGGCCUCGGCCAAGUCUCGCCGGGAGUUCGACGAGAUCGAGCUGGCCUACCGCCGCCGGCCGCCGCGCUCCCCGGACCACAAGCGCUACUUCAGGGACAAGGAAGGGCUGCGGGACUUCUACCUGGACCAGUUCCGCCCCAAGGAGAACUCGCCGCACUGGGAGCACGUGGACCUGACGGACAUCUACAAGGAGCACAGCGAUGACUUCAAGCGCGACUCGGUCAGCGGAGGGGGGCCCUGUACCAACAGGUCCCACCUCAAACAUGGGGCCGGCGACAAGCACGGCGUGGUCGGCGGGGUCCCCGCGCCCUGGGAGAAGAAUCUGACCAACGUGGAGUGGGAGGAUCGGGCUGGGGGCAACUUCUGUCGCAGCUGCCCCUCCAAGCUGCACAACUACUCCCCGGCGGCGGCGGCCCCUGGGCAGAACUCGGGCCGGCAGGCGUGCAUCCGCUGUGAGGCCUGCAAGAAGGCGGGCAACCUGUAUGACAUCAGCGAGGACAACUCCCUGCAGGAGCUGGACCAGCCGGCCGCCCCCGGCGCGGCCACGUCCAACGCCUCCACCGCCAAGUACCCGCAGAGCCCGACUAAUUCCAAGGCCCAGAAGAAGACCCGGAACAAGCCGCGGCGGCAGCACUCUUACGACACCUUCGUGGACCUGCAGAAGGAGGAGGCCGCCCUGGCCCCGCGCAGCGUGAGCCUGAAAGACAAGGGCCGGUUCGUGGAUGGCAGCCCCUACGCCCACAUGUUUGAGAUGCCAGCCGGCGAGAGCAGCUUUGCCAACAACAAGGCCUCAGUGCCCACUGCGGGACACCACCACCACAACAACCCAGGCGGCAGCGGCGGCGGAUACAUGCUCAGCAAGUCGCUCUACCCUGACCGGGUCACGCAAAACCCUUUCAUCCCCACUUUUGGGGAUGACCAGUGCUUGCUCCAUGGCAGCAAAUCCUACUUCUUCAGGCAGCCCACGGUGGCCGGGGCGUCGAAAGCCAGGCCGGACUUCCGGGCCCUUGUCACCAACAAGCCAGUGGUCUCGGCCCUUCAUGGGGCUGUGCCAGGCCGUUUCCAGAAGGACAUCUGUAUAGGGAACCAGUCCAACCCCUGUGUGCCUAACAACAAAAACCCCAGGGCUUUCAAUGGCUCCAGCAAUGGGCAUGUUUAUGAGAAACUUUCUAGUAUUGAGUCUGAUGUCUGA